UUCCGUCUGUAUUGUCUAGACUACCCCAUCUCCAAAUACUGUACCUCUGUUUUGUUAUUACAUUUACAAAUGUAUUAUCAUUUUACAUCAACAUCAUAUUAUUAAAUGCUUGGUUUUGUGACACAUAGAGUGGUAGUAAUAGAGGAUGGUAUGUUGAUCACAGGAAAAAGCAUGAUGAACGAGUGGAACUAGGAACUACCGAAACUGUAUUUUACAUCAAGUCGGACAAAAAGCUGCAGCACACCUUGGUCCAGAGCGAGGUUUCGAUUCUAAUAAAGUUUUUUCACCUUUUCUGACAUUCAAAUGUCAUGUCAGUUUGCUAUUUAGUUACGUCCCACAUGUUUAAGUGUACUUCUGUUGGCUAGUCUCGUAAUUUCUAUAUGUUCUUGAAUGACGUAACUAUCAAUAAAUGUCCUUGGAUGAGUAGCUAGCUAACAGUGGGGGGAGACGUUUCCAGCAGCUCGCGCUCAUUCAUUGAUUCAAAGUAAUCAUGGCAGAACAAAGCCUACUGGAAACUGAGGCGAUACAAUGUAACGUUAAUGCUAAAGACACCGGCUUCAAAAAACGUUUAGGACUGAUCGCAACUGGAAUUGUCGGGGGGUCAUUGGUUGCCCUUUACGCUGUUGCAGGUCCAUUUGUUGCACCUGCUUUGAGAAAGGUGUGCCUACCUUAUGUUCCCGCAACUACAGCACAGGUGGAAAAUGUCCUGAAAGUGCUGCAGGCGAGAUCUGGAUCCCUCGUGGACAUCGGAAGUGGAGAUGGAAGAAUAGUGAUAGCAGCUGCAAAGAAAGGAUUUCGAGCUGUUGGAUUUGAGUUGAAUCCAUGGUUGGUGUGGUACUCCCGUUACAGAGCUUGGAGAGCGGGUGUUCAUCAUUCUACUUCCUUCCACAUAUCAGAUUUAUGGAAGGUCAGCUUUAAUCAGUACUCGAAUGUUGUCAUAUUUGGAGUACCUCAGAUGAUGGAUAAAUUGGAGGGCAAACUGCAGACAGAACUACAGAGCACAGCUAAAGUGGUGGCCUGCCGUUUCCCUUUUCCCACCUGGGCACCUGAUGGCACCGCUGGAGAAGGAAUAGACACUGUGUGGGUAUACCAUGCAGAGUCGUUCAAAACAGAAAGAGGAACACAUCAGGGACAUUUUGUAACUCCACAUCAGCCCCUGGGCAAUGAUGACACUACCACGUCAUACUAAUUGUGUUCAUCCCUGAAUGCCUCAGGGAUUUGUUGCUUUGAAAAUCAUUCCCAGGAUGUUAUCAAAUGUGUGAGAGUCAGUAAUAAAAAAAUUGUGAUAAUUUAAGCAAAUUCCCCGUCUUGCAUUCCUUACUACCUAACACAAUUAAUUUAAUUUUACUGAAUAUGGAAUUAAAGUUUUAAAACGUA